CAGCUUGCAACUAACUUUAGUAUUGUUGUGAAAUUGUGCUUGUACAUUUUGAGGGUGGAAAAUCCUCAAUUUCUAGCGUUCUCUCUGCAAAAAUGGCAUCAUCAAGUCGUGAUCAUGCAUCGCAGGCCAGCGCAAUGACACAACCUAUGCAGAGCCUCGCGGCGAAACAGAAAUAUAUCGAGGAAUACGAUUUUCCUUACUGUGACGAGUCCGGGAAGUAUGAGAAGGUGUCUAAAAUUGGCCAGGGGACUUUUGGGGAAGUCUUCAAGGCACGAGAAAAGAAGUCCAAUAACAAGUUCGUAGCCAUGAAAAAGGUUCUGAUGGACAACGAGAAGGAGGGCUUCCCCAUCACAGCUCUGAGAGAGAUUCGAAUCCUGCAGCUGCUGAAACAUGAAAAUGUGGUGAAUCUGAUUGAGAUUUGUCGAACGAAGGCUACCCAGCAUAAUAGAUACCGAUCCACAUUCUAUCUGGUGUUCGACUUCUGUGACCACGAUCUCGCCGGCCUGCUGUCCAACAUGAACGUGAAGUUCAGCCUUGGGGAGAUCAAGAAGGUGAUGCAGCAGCUCCUCAACGGACUCUACUACAUCCACAGCAACAAGAUCCUGCACAGAGACAUGAAGGCCGCUAACGUGCUGAUCACGAAGAACGGCGUGCUGAAGCUGGCCGACUUCGGUCUGGCCAGGGCCUUCUCCAUAACGAAGGGCGGCCAGCCCAAUAGGUACACGAAUCGCGUGGUGACGCUGUGGUACCGGCCACCGGAGCUUCUGCUGGGCGACAGGAACUACGGACCGCCGGUGGACAUGUGGGGUGCUGGCUGCAUUAUGGCCGAGAUGUGGACGCGGUCACCUAUUAUGCAGGGCAAUUCGGAGCAGCAGCAACUCGUGUUCAUCUCGCAGCUGUGCGGCUCUUUCACCAAGGAAGUGUGGCCGGACGUGGAGAAUCUGGAGUUGUACUCCAAGAUGGAAUUGCCCAUGAAUUACACACGGAAGGUGAAGGAACGCCUGCGGCACUACGUGAAGGAUCCCCAAGGCUGUGAUUUGCUAGACAAGCUGCUUCAGCUCGACCCCAAGUCGCGUAUCGAUGCCGACACAGCGCUCAAUCACGACUUCUUCUGGACUGACCCCAUGCCGACUGAUCUCAGCAAAAUGCUCUCGCAGCACACAACCAGCAUGUUCGAGUACCUCGCGCCGUCGCGUCGCUCCGGGCAGAUGAUGCGCCAGCACCAGCAGCAAAUCGCCGUUAAUCAGGUGCAGUCUAAGCAGCAGGAGAAUAGCUACCAAGAUCGCGUAUACUGAUUCCCAUACUCAUCUUUUGUACAAUAAAUCACCCAUCAAAAGU